AUGACGGUGGAAGGUGAUGAGAAAGCGGUUCGGUCUCGCGUGUUCAUGGAUAUUUCAAUAGGGGGCUUGCCAUCCGGCCGUUUAGUAUUUGAGUUAUUCAAUGAUAUUGCUCCGAAGACUGCUGAAAACUUCCGAGCAUUAUGUGCCGGAGAUAUGGGUGUUGGGAAGAACACUGGAAAGCCGUUGACGUACAAGGGCAUGGUUUUCCAUAGGGUUGUGAAAGACUUCAUGAUCCAAGGAGGAGACUUCACCAAUGCCAAUGGGACUGGUGGUGAAUCUAUUUAUGGUGGUACUUUUGAAGAUGAAACCUUUGAAUUGAAACAUGACCGGCCAUAUUUACUGUCUAUGGCAAACAGGGGCAAAGACACAAAUGGUUCACAAUUCUUUAUAACCACACAGCCGGCGCCGCAUCUCGACAAUGUGCACGUAGUGUUCGGUACGGUAAUCGGCGGCGCGGCGCUGGUGCGUCAGCUGGAGGCGCUGGCGGUGGACCGCAACGCGCGCCCGCUGCAGGACGUCGCCGUCACCAACUGCGGACAACUCGUCAGGGUCAGCGCAAAGAAACGUAAACAAGAAAAGGAAGAGAAAGAGGAGAGCGAUGCUGAUGCUGACUCUGACCACUCCCAGAAGAAAGACAAGAAGAAGAAGAAGGACAAGAAGGAAAAGAAGAAGAAGAGCAAGCGUCACUCCAGCGAAUCAGGUGAUGAGGAAGAGACUCCUGAGGCCCCUGCUCAUCCCUUAGUAUCCACCUCCAAGAUAGACCCGCGGGAGAUACCCGAUGUUCCUACCAACAGGUUCCUCAUGAGAGGGGGGAGGGAUCAGGAUGACAGGAGUGAUCCUAGGAGGGAUCGAGAGAGGAUGAGGUACCGCGAGAGGGAGCAUCGGUCCUACACGCGCAGCGGGAGGAUUAUCAAAGGCCGGGGAGUGUUUCGUUACCGCACCCCGUCUCGGUCCCGGUCCCGCUCCCGCUCCGUCACUCCGCCGCACUGGAGGCAGGCGCAGCGACGUAUCAUCAAACUGUCUGAGUUUGAGCGAGCUGAGCAAGAGAGGUCGGAGAAGGAACAACACGAUGUCACCAAGAGGAAAGAAAUUGAGAAAAUACACAGCCUGGUUCCCUUUCUAGGCGACGCUGAGGGAACCACCCCGGACAAUCAUCCCGAAGAGAAAGAGGAGGGGGAGUGUGAUUCUACUCUGGAUCGUUCUCAAACAGACAGGGUGGAUUACAAUGCUUUGGACUUUGAAGAGGACAUUGAACAUGAUGAUAAUGAUACGUCUCACAAACGCAAACCAGUUGAGAAAGUAGAUCGUCGUCGUGAAAUGCGUCGCACCCCUGAGAACAGAGCUGAAAUGUUGGCACUGGCGUUAGGUGUCAACCCUAAACAUGAUCAACAAAGUGACGCAGGUUCCUUCAGCAGGGACUCAAGAGACAGUCGAGAGUCCACUCGACGUCGCGAAGGUCUGGCCUCCACUGUAGGAUACGCCUCCAAGUUAUCUUCAGCAGUCGGCAAUGUCUCUGAAGGGUUGGCUAAAGGCCACCAUGAAGAGAAGAGCAAGGAUGGUUAUGAUCCCUUCAGUUUGCUCAGGAGUACCUUCAAUAGAGGAGGGGAGAAGAAGGAUCAGAACCAACAGAGAAAAGAAGGAGAUCGCCGUGAAGCGAUAAAAGCUCGUCUAGGUGAGAAAGAGAAAGACAGAGAAGACAAACGCGACCGUAAGACUGACAGAGACGAAAAGGACCGCAAACAAUCAGAACAGAAGAACGACAAAGAAGAUAGAAAUCGUAGACACGACAAUAAAGAAGAAAGAACUCGGAAGCUCCCCGAAAUACCCGAGAAAGAAGAUAGAGCGAGGAAAAAUUCGGAAAAAGAAGAUAGAGAAAGAAAAAUAUCGGAAAGAGAUGAUAGAAGGAGACAUUCAGAGAAGAAUGAGAAAGAAGAUAGAACUAGAAAGCAUAGUGAGAGGGAUGAAAGGGAUCGUAAACAUUCUGAACAGAGGGACCACAGGAGGACCGACCGCCAUAGGAGUGAAAGGUCUGAGCGUCGGGAGAAGAGUAAGGAAAGAGUAAGAAGUGAGAAGAGUAGAGAUAAUGACAGGAGUAAGGCCAGGGAUGAUGAUAAGGAUAAGAAGAGGAGACGGUCCCGUACUCCUUCGCCGGCUAAAGAGAGGUCAAAAUCUCGUGACCGUAGGCCCUCAGCAGCUGAGACCCGCGAGAAGAGUGGGGAGCGAACUCCACUGGACGAGGAGAAGAAAAAGGUGGGUCAAGAAGACGAGAGGAACGAAGCUCGCAAGGAGUUAAUGGAGAUAGUUCGUCUCAUCAAGUCCAGACAACGGGACCGAGAGAAUAAAGCUGCUGCGGUCCUAGCAAAGAAGAAGCGAGAAUCUUCUCACUCGGAUAGUUCAGACUCCGAUGGUGACAAGAGAAGGCGCCGUUCUUCUGAUAGAGAUCGAAGGAGAAGGAGUAAUUCUAGGGGUCGCCACUCGAGUUCCGAGCGUCGCACGCGCCGCCGUCGCUCGCGCAGUCCGCGCCGCGACCGACGCGACCGUAGACGAUCCUCGUCCUCGCGCUAA